CGACAGCGGGUCGUCACAGCGAGCACACAUUGAUGGAGAGCUCUGUGCCAUCAUGCAAGGCAUGUGUGUAUGACAUGUGUGCCUUAUUCUGAGUCUGGUGGAAAACACGUUUCAUUACCCUUUGUACUUUGUUGUCGUUGGUGUUUUACCAUAAGUUUAACUGAUACCAGUAUCGAUACUUACCAGUACGAUAUUGGUACACCCUACCUAGAACAUUCAUAAUGUAUCGAUUCGUGAGUUUAUAACACGGGAAAGGCUUCAGAAGUUAAAAAUAUUGUUGAUUUGAGAAUAAAGUUGAACCGAUUUGGUUUUUCCAUCCAUAAAUUUGUAUGUUGAAUCUGUUAUUUAUACAAGAUACAUCGAAGUACCGUUGCCGUCCAAAGUAGGUCAAAACAAAACUACUUUCUAAAAAAAAACGAACUUUUGUUUUAAUGAACAUGAAAUAAAUUCAGUAGUGAACGAUGUUGAAUAGAUUUGUGGAGUUUAAACUCGGUGUAAACGAUUAUACAGAGCUGUUGGUCGAACUUCGCCGAUUGCGGUCCGUCUGCUGUUCAAAAGAGGAACAAAGAGAGAUCUGCGAUUCAGGAACUGUUUCAGUUUUAAUCAGAAUCCUUGAGAAUUUGACUGUCGGUGCGAGCUACGACGAAAACGCCCUGCUCUCGUUGAGAGUGGGUUUGCAGUGCUUGGUCAACGUUGUUGUCAACAAUGCUUACACUCAGAAAUUUGUAUGGUCAAACCAUUCUACGUCCAUUAAGAAAUGGUGUUGUCUAGAAGAUGAUAAGGCGAGGAAUUUUUUGUACGCACUGUAUCACAGUAUAUUGGUCGAGAAUGUCAGACUGAUCGAGGAACUGCUCGACGAUCGGCAGCAGAUGUUGUACGCGAUCGCAAGCUCCAUGAAAGGGACGGAAUUCUCCCAGUUUCUGCUUGAGAGGUGCAUAGAAUCCGGUGGUUUUAAAAUUAUGUACAACUCCCUCGGUAUAGGUGCUUCUGAAGAGAGGAUUUAUUUACUGGAACUCCUCGACUCCGUCGUCACGAAAAACUUCAAAUACCUAAACGAAAUAGAUUUUAUCAGUUUGCACUUUAAGAGAAAAUCGGAUGCAAUUUUGAAAACAAAGCCCGAGUAUGUUGAAAAAGUAGAUUUGAAAGAAGUUUCCUGCCUACUCGAAGUUUUAGGGCAUGCCUCGACUAUUGAAAAUUACAGAACGGUGCUGCAGAAAGACAAGUCCUUGGUUAUUAAUUGCAUGUAUCUUCUCAUAGGAAUGCACAAAGCCGUUCGGGACAGAGAAGAAAUUAGUAAACAAAGUGAACUGAACGCCUUAAAUGAAAUGAUGGCCAACAUGAGCACAGACGUCAGACCCUCUCCUGAAUUUAAUUUUAAAGGAAAUCUUAUUAGAUUAAUCGGGAACCUGGCGUACAAAAACAAAGAGGUGCAAGAUAUGUGCAGGGAAUUGGAAGCCCUUCAUGUGAUAUUGGACUGCUGCACGAUUGACCCUAAAAACCCGUUCAUCAGGGAGUGGUCUAUUUUUGCUAUAAAAUGCAUAUGCGAAGAAAAUUUACAUAACCAAGAGUUAAUCAGCGGCAUUUCUCAAAUCAAUGUUAAAACGCUUCCACCUGACAGAAUCAUUGAGUUUACAUAACAUUCAUCUUGAGAAAUAUUUUAUGUAUUGUUCACAUAUAAUAAAUUGCUUUUAUUUUUAUA